UGGGCCCGUGAUGAGUUUGAGGGUCUCUUUAAACAGCCAUCAGAGAAUGCCAUGCAGUACCUCACGUAAGUCUCUUUCUGUCUGAAGUCUCAUAGCUGCUACUCUUCUGAGUUCCUAGAGUCUUGUGCAUUAUUACAUUUCUGAAGCUGCCUGGAGCCUCUAGACGUGUUGGAGGCCGUCUAGAAGAGUUUAAUAUUAGUUACAUUAACGUUAUAUGAAUGUUUUAUGAACCAGAGAUCCCAAGUUCCUGGAGAGGACCCUGAAGCUUCCUGGAGCCCAGCCUCUAGACGUGUUGGAGGCCGUCUAUAAGAGUCUGGUGACUGACUGCCCUCGCAGCUGGGCCGACUGUGUCGUCUGGGCUCGGCACCACUGGCAGUGCCAGUACAGCAACAACAUCCAUCAACUACUGCACAACUUCCCCCCAGAACAGGUACAGAGAACACUGUUACACACACACACACACACACUGUUACACACACACACACUGUUAUACACACACACACACUGUUACACACUGUUACACACACACACACACACACACACACACACACACACUGUUACACACUGUUAUACACACACACUGAGUGUACAAACCAUUAGGAACACCUGCUCUUUCCAUGACAUAGACUGACCAGGUGAAUCCAGGUGAAAGCUAUGAUCCCUUAUUGAUGUCACUUGUUAAAUCCACUUCAAUCAGUAUAGAUGAAGGGGAGGAGACAGGUUAAAGAAGGAUUUUUAAGCCUUGAGACAAUUGAGACAUGGAUUGUGGUCCUCUGUAGCUCAGCUGGUAGAGCACGGCGCUUGUAACGCCAAGGUAGUGGGUUCGAUCCCCGGGACCACCCAUACACAAAAAUGUAUGCACGCAUGACUGUAAGUCGCUUUUGAUAAAAUUAUAUAUUAUUAUUAUUAUUAUUAUUAUUGUGUAUGUGUGCCGUUCAGAGGGUGAAUGGGCAAGACAAAUGAUUUAAGUGCCUUUGAACGGGGUACGGUAGUAGGUGCCAGGCGCACCGGUUUGUGUUAAGAACUUCAACUCUACUGGGUUUUCACGCUCAACAGUUUGUCUAUCAAGAAGGGUCCGUCACCCAAAGGACAUCCAGCCAUCUUGACACAACUGUGGGAAGCAUUGGAGUCAACAUGGGCCAGCAUCCCUGUGGAACGCUUUCGACACCUUGUAGAGUUCCUGACCGACUGAUUUAGGCUGUUCUGAGGGCAACAGGGGUGCAACUCAAUGUUAGUGAUGUGGUGGUAAUGUUUUGUCCACUGCGUUUAUACACAGGCUGGACAGUCAUACAGUUACCAUGCCUGACUAUUAUCAUGCUCUCCCUCCUCUCAUUCGCUUUCUCUCUCUCUCCCCCACUUCUCUCUCUCCCCCACUUCUCUCUCUCCCACACUUCUCUCUCUCCCCCACUUCUCUCUCUCCCACACUUUCUCUCUCUUCUCCUCUCCCUCCCACUUUCUCUCUCUCCCACUCUUUCUCUCUUCCUCCCCCUCUUUCUCUCUCCCCCUCUUCUCUCUCUCCCCCUCUUUCUCUCUCUCCACCACUCUUUCUCUCUCCCCCCCACUUUCUCUCUCUCCCCCCACUUUCUCUCUCUCUCUCUCUCCCCCCACUUCCUUUCUUUAUCCCCCCCACUUUCUCUCUCGCUCUCUCUCCCCCCACUUUCUCUCUCUCCUCUCGCAUCCCCCUCUCCUUUCUCAGCUGACCAGCUCUGGCGCCCCCUUCUGGUCCGGUCCAAAGAGAUGUCCUCACCCUCUAGAGUUCAGCACCAGCAACGUGAGUACUUUCUUCUCUCUCUCUCCCCUCCCUCCUCCCUCUCCCUCUCUCUCUCUCUCUCUCGCUCCCUCUCCCAGCCCCUUCUACCUCUCCCUUUCUCUCUCACACUUUCUCUCAAUGUUAGAUGAAAGUCUCUUUCUCUCUCUCAUGCAGCUCCUACAGUCCUCCCUCUCUAGACCUCCAUUGGACUUGUGAUGGCUCUACAGUCUCCCUCUCUAGGACCUCCAUUGGCUAUGUAGGGUAACAGUCUCCUCUCUAGCCUCCAUAUGCUAGUGAUGCUCUAACAGUCUCCCUCUCUAGGACCUCCAUAUGGACUAUGUGAUGGCUCUAACAGUCUCCCUCUCUAGGACCUCCAUAUGGACUAUGUGAUGGCUCUAACAGUCUCCCUCUCUAGGACCUCCAUAUGGACUAUGUGAUGGCAGGAGCCAACCUGUUUGCCCAGUCGUACGGCAUGCAGGGCUCUACUGACCGUGUCGGCGUGGCUAAGAUCCUGGACAGCCUAUCGGUGCCCACCUUUGUCCCCAGGUCAGGGGUCAAGAUCCACGUCUCUGACCAGGAGCUGCAGAGCGUCAACGCCAACGUCGGUGAGGAGAGGGCUUUUACAUUUCCACAGGUCAUCUAUACGUCUAGUGAUGUUUAUAGUCAACACUUCUAGUUGCAUUUAUAGUGAUCGGUGCUUUUCCCUGUAGUGACGUCGAAAGUCAAUGAAUAUAAACCAAUUAUAGCAGAGUCGCAGGAGCAUGUGGAACUAAGAAAGCCUCUAGAAAUGAGACAUCUGUUAUUAAUGCAUUUGCCACAGAAUGAAAGGCUUCCAAAACAUGAAGGCAAGACUGAACGGAGAGAAGCCAUGUUUCUUUGAGUUGUUUAGUGUUGUAUUAAAUGACUACUGAGAGUGAACAAUCCCAGUUAGGAUUAGAGUAUGUUUAUUAUUAUGUGUAUCAAGACAGGUCCCACUUCUCACCGCCGGCCAUGUGAGACUGACCCUACGACAUGCCCCUGUCUCAUUGGCCAGUUUCCCUGUCUGUCGGACUAACCUUCGGAUGUGUGUCUCUCUGUGCGGUGUGUCUGCGGGGUGUGUGUGUGUGUGUCUGCGUGGUGUGUGUGUCUGCGGGGUGUGUGUGUGUGGUCUGCGUGGUGUGUGUGUGUCUGCGGUGUGUGUGUGUGGUGUGUGUGUCUGCGUGGUCUGCGUGGUGUGUGUCUGCGGUGUGUGUGUGUGUGUCUGCGGGGUGUGUGUCUGCGGUGUGUGUGUGUGUGUGUGUCUGCGGUGUGUGUGUGUCUGCGGUGUGUGUGUGUGUGUGUGUGUGGUGUGGUGUCUGCGGGGUGUGUGUCUGCGGUGUGUGUGUGUGUGUGUGUGUGUCUGCGGUGUGUGUGUGUGUGCGGUGUGUGUGUGUGUGUGUGUGUGGUCUGCGUGGUGUGUGUGUGUGUGUGUCUGCGGGGUGUGUGUGUGUGUGUGUGUGUAGAUGACAACAGGCUGGAGGAGCUGAAGACUCUGCUGCCUGGACCUGAAGCUUCUUCUCAGUUUAAACUCACUGCCAUCGACUUUGAGAAGGUAUAGAACUCUCCCUCUACUCCUAUCUCUCUCCCUCUACUCUUAUCUCUCUCCCUCUACUCCUUAUCUCUCUCCCUCUACUCCUAUCUCUCUCCCUCUACUCCUAUCUCUCUCCCUCUACUCCUAUCUCUCUCCCUCUACUCCUAUCUCUCUCCCUCUACUCCUAUCUCUCUCCCCUACUCCUCUCUCUCCCUCUACUCCUAUCUCUCUCCCUCUACUCCUAUCUCUCUCCCUCUACUCCUAUCUCUCUCCCUCUACUCCUAUCUCUCUCCCUCUACUCUUAUCUCUCUCCCUCUACUCUUAUCUCUCUCCCUCUACUCUUAUCUCUCUCCCUACUCUAUCUCUCCCUCUACUCUUAUCUCUCUCCCUCUACUCCUAUCUCUCUCCCUCUACUCCUAUCUCUCUCCCUCUACUCCUAUCUCUCUCCCUCUACUCCUAUCUCUCUCCCUCUACUCCUAUCUCUCUUAACUCUACUCCUAUCUCUCUCCCUCUACUCCUAUAUCUCUAUUUUCUCCACCUCUCUUCCUUUUUCCCACAUCUCUCUCUUCUCACCUACAACACAUUUCAAGACCAUGUAUUUUGUGGUUCCCCCUCAAACGUUCUGUUGGUGUAUUAACUGUGACUGUGUAUUCUGUAUGUUCCAGGACGAUGACUCCAACUUCCACAUGGACUUCAUUGUGGCUGCUUCCAACCUGAGAGCAGAGAACUACAACAUUCCCCCUGCAGAUAGACACAAGGUGUGGACGUACACACACACACUCUCCCUCUUACACACACAUUCCCCCUGUAAACAGAAACAAGGUACACACACUGACUUGUAUCUCUGUCUCUGGCUCUGUCUCUGGCUCUCUGUCUGUCUCUGUCUCUGUCUGUCUCUGGCUCUGGCUCUGUCUGUCUCUGUCUGUCUCUGGCUCUGUCUCUGUCUGUCUCUGUCUCUGGCUCUGGCUCUGUCUCUGUCUGUCUCUGGCUCUGUCUCUGUCUGUCUCUGGCUCUGUCUCUGUCUGUCUCUGUCUGUCUCUGUCUCUGUCUCUGUCUCUGUCUGUCUCUGUCUGUCUCUGGCUCUGUCUGUCUCUGUCUCUCUGUCUGUCUCUGGCUCUGUCUGUCUCUGGCUCUGUCUGUCUCUGGCUCUGUCUGUCUCUGUCUGUCUCUGGCUCUGUCUGUCUCUGUCUCUGUCUCUGGCUCUCUGUCUGUCUCUCUGUCUGUCUCUGUCUGUCUCUGGCUCUGUCUGUCUCUGGCUCUGUCUGUCUCUGGCUCUGUCUGUCUCUGUCUCUCUGUCGGUCUCCCUCUGUCUCUCUGUCGGUCUCCCUCUCUCGUCUCCAGAGUAAGCUGAUAGCUGGUAAGAUCAUUCCUGCGAUAGCGACCACCACGGCGGCGGUCGUGGGUCUGGUGUGUCUGGAGCUCAUCAAGAUCGUUCAGGGACACAAGAAGUUGGAGUCGUUUAAGAACGGCUUCAUGAACCUGGCACUCCCUUUCUUCGGUUUCUCAGAACCCAUCGCUGCUCCCAGCCACAAGGUAGGACAGGAGGAGGUGCGA